AUGCCGGACUUCAGCCAGUUUAUCAAGUACCUCAACGCCAACCUCCACGCACCGACUGGUCAGUACGCGGCGCAGGGCGGAAAGGGCGCUGGUGGGGCUGGUGGUGCAACCGAGGCUGCGACCCCUGCUUCCCAUGGUGACACCUCUGCCUUCACCCGCUCCUGCGACACAACGUGGCGGGUGCUGCUGCCGAGCGAUGCAGCUGCAAAGGAAAGCGGGACACGAUCCAGCGGCCCAUCCGCUGCGGCGGCCGCCGCCCACACAUCCCCAUCGCACCCCUCCGUGACCAUUGGGCGGAUGAUGGUGUCCACAGAGGACCGAUGGCGUAUUCAGGCACAGAUGCGCCGUGAGGAAGCGCGCAGUGGGCAGGCGCGGAAGGAGUACAACAAGAAGGUGACGCGUGCCAUCAAGGUAACGAAGGGGCCGUCCGAAAACGCCUUCCCCCCAGGUCGUGGCCGUCCGUUGUAG